UGUGUUUGUAGUUCGUCUCCUUAUUUGUGACACUUCAGCUAAUUACCAACAAUGUUAUUUCAAAGUUCAUUUUCUUUUGUUAGUAAAUGUUGAGGUUCAAAUGGUGUGCUGUACAGUAUAAUAAUAUAUAGCAGAUUUUUGGCUUGAGCUUAUCAUCAACCGAAGGUCUCGUAAUGUCUGCAAGAUAUCUCCAACAAUGAUUUAAGUCGCAGUCUACUUUUGGAAUUAGAUGCAAAUGUUUAAUACUGUACUUGUUAAAUUUAGCGAGGGAGGUUCUCAUUAAAACAUGCACUUGGGUGUGAAAAGCUGAACUUAUAUGUCCUCCAUUAAAAAAUCUCUUGACAUUACCUGUAGUUUUUUAUUUCAACAGCAUUUUUUUUUUAACUGUGCUGUGAUAAUUCGACAUGGGUAAUCCUGUAUCCUCUUUAUACUGUACUAGCCAUACGCCUUGUUGUUAUUGUGUGUUCUUGUGUCUAUGAACCGAGUCUGUGUGUUCUCGCCCAGUAUAUCAUUGCACUUUUAGAAAUACUCUCUGCAUUGUUAUAACCUUAUCAUCUAUGACUCCAAGUUAGUUUCGUGUUUCCUGUUUUUUUUUUUUUUUUUAUGUUCGUAUCAUGGUUAAGUUACGUUAGGUUGGGUUAGAUUUAUUGGUUGCUUGAGUUGGCUUAGAUUGGUUAGGUUAGGGUGGUUGGUAAGAUCAGGUUUGGUUGGUUGGUGGCUUGAGUUGGUUUAGAUUGAUUAGGGUAGGCUGGUUUGUGGCUUGAGUUGGCUUAGGGUUAGUUGGCUAAGUUAUGGUUAAUUAAAUAAGACUGAAAUAUCUUGCGUAUAUUUGGCGAGACUUUCAAACUUACAUUUGUUUUACCGAACAGUUCUUUGAUCAGACCUCUAUAUUUUUCCAUGAAAUUUGGGUUUUUUUUUUUUUUCCGUCAUAUAUAAAUCACAAAAGAAAUAGUCACUAUGGCACACACGUCAGUUGAAAGUAUUGAAAUGCAGUUCUAUGAGCCCGUGGGGCGAAGAGUCAGGUUUGCCGAUGAUGAGUGCAGAGGAUCAGGAGAACUUCUCAGCACCCACACCCUUCAUUAUGGCAGUGAACAUCGACCUUCUGCCUGGUUCAACACCAUGAUAGCUCGACGAAGGAGAGGUGUAAGCCCCAACACCGAGGAAGAGGCCGUAGAUGAGAUUGCUGAGGCCAUGGUGGGGGAUGAGAAGCUUAUGUCAGAUGAUGUGGACGGGGAGUUGAAGAUGAGGGAGACGCUCCGGGAGUUAACCAAACCCUUGCGAGUGAAGAAGGAAUUACGGAGAAAGCUAACCGCCCGUCGGUCUUCACACCGCUCCGCUGCUCAAACCAUAUCCAGGAUAAAGUACCUCAAGUACAGCAUUAGCAUGUGGUGGUACAAGCUACGUCAGUCGGUGCGUGACACAGUUCAUGACUACAGUUUGUGGCACAAGGAGCUUAAAGAGAUUGAAGGGACAUUUGGGACUGGAGUCGGCUCAUACUUCAGGUUCCUGCGUUAUCUCUUCCUCCUUAACCUGGGUAUUUCUUUCCUUGUGUGUGGAUUCCUCUUGACACCUCAGCUUCUGGCUCACGCACGUGUUAAUGAUCCACCGAGCGCCAAUAAUACGGCAGCUCUGGUCUUUUUGGUCAACGACGGGUCUGAAAUGAUUGCGUCAGCCAUGCGGGUGAGUGAUUCUCUUCCCAACACAAAUAUUGCCGACCCAUCACUCACCUCCCAGAAGAGUGACGCAGAUGAUGCUGACAGUUCUACCUCUUACACAGACAAUGGGCAAUUUGGUGCUUUAGACUGGCUGACUGGGGCUGGCUGGUUUAACAACACGGAGCUUUACUACGGCACAUACUUGAACAGGAGUUUUUAUCUUGUGACGAACUUGUGGUACAACAUCCCCGAGGCUUACUUCUUCGUUAUUUUAUUGGCUUAUAUCAUCUACUUCAUUGCAAUCCGUCACAGGGUGAAUGCGCUGUACAAGAAUAAUUACAUCGACAUCGAACAUGAUGUUUCGGCCACGUUUGUGAGGAAGGUAUUCUCCUCUUGGGACUUCAGCAUCACGGAGAGGAAAGCAGCCAAACUCAAGCACAGGAGUAUCUAUAAUGAGCUGAAGGAACUGUUGCAAGAGUUCCUGAACGAGGAGCUGGAGGAGGACUUUUGGAGCAAGGUGAUUGGAUGGUCCGUUAAAUUCGUGUUUUGGGUCAUCAUUCUGACCUUGCUGGGUCUCCUGGGCUGGGCCACAUAUCUCAUGCUUGACAGUGACAUCAACAAGGAUAUAGGAAAUGGAUUUAACUUACUAGUGUACCCUUUGAUUGUGACGUGUAUCAUUAUGUUCGUACCAUCUGUAUUUGGCCUCAUAGUCAAAUUUGAGGGUUACAAAAUUCAACGCCACAGGAUUUACGUCACUCUCAUGCGGACCAUUCUGCUCGAACUGACAGUGCUGGGUGUGCUGGUGGGAUUCUGGUUUAUGCAAGCAACGGACCCUGUACCUUCUACCACAGAAACUCCUGUCACAACAGAUGAUGAUCAGUAUGAUGAUGAUGAUGAUGAUGAUGAUGAUAGUGGUGAGUUCAUAAGCGAAAAACUGAGAAGAGCUGCAGGACCUGAGAAAAAUGACGACUGUUGGGAGACGUCUUUGGGGCAGGAAUUUUACAGGCUGUUAAUCAUCGACUUCCUCAUUGCCCUCGUGAUGCACCUCUUCACUCUGAUGUUCUUUGUGGCAACCUGCAAGAAUACUACGAAGGGAAAGGUCCAUCAGUUUCUUCUGGAGUUUGACAUCAGUCGUAAUACACUCCACCUCAUAUACAACCAGACACUGCUGUGGGCCGGGCUCUUCUUCUGCCCUCUUUCACCCCUCAUUGUCCUACUCAAGAUCACCAUCAUGUUUUAUAUACAAAAGUUCAGUGUUUUGAAGGUUUUACGACCUGAUGAGCGGCCGUGGCGAGCAGCACAAACUGAGACAGUCUUCUUCGCUCUCACACUGGUCUCCCUCGUCUUGGCUGUUAUGGGUUAUGGCUUUAUCCUUUUCAGAGGCAACACCUCAUCUUGUGGCCCUUUUCAAAAUCAUGAGCCACAUUACAUAGAUUUUCUGUGGGACAUAACACAGAGUAAUGAACAAAUCAUCCUGGUGAUAAUCUCCUGGAUUCUGAAGCCUGGGGUUGUGGCAGGAAUUCUUGGCAUCCUUCUAAUCCUUGUUUACUGUGCCAAGUCCAUGGCCGAGGGACGAGCAGAGAUGAUCAAGGUAUUGCGUCGACAGUUGGAGUUAGAGGUGCGGGACAGAGCCUUCCUGCUGCAGCUCACCGAAAAAUAUAAACGAGGAGAACACAAGGUUGCUAGUCCAGCCCAAGUGAGAGCUGCAUCUCCACCGCCUUCAACAUCUGUAGGACCACAUGAACUUACACAGCGAGCAUCAUUCGUGUUUUCAGACAACAAAGUACACCCGGCAGACUCAGCCCCACGACCCAGACACUUCUCAGAUUAUUCAGAUUCACACAGCUUGGAUCGCUAUUCAUCGUAGUUCUGAACAAGUAUUAAAUAAAUAGAGGAAUCAUACAUAUAGGAAUUGUCCAGACAUUUUGAAGAUGAAAGCUGUCACCUCUAUCUUUGUUUACGUAACAUGACAGCUUCAUUAUAUGGGUAAGUCAGGAAGCUGUAGAAACUUAAAAAAAUAACCCCUGCAAACUGGUCUUAUACCAAAGUUACCUCUUAUAUAAUGUGGUUUACAGGGGAUGUGAUAAAGCUAAUAAUUUCCGCUUAGGCAGAAACACGUGAUAUUUGAAAGUACAGAAUCUUGUACGUCCAGGUAUUGUUUCCUUUAAGGCUUUCACCUACCCAAUGUUGAGCUGUUUACGCUGUUUUGUUUGUCAGCUUACAUGUUCGAGCUGUGAUAAAACAACUACAGUAUUCCUCAUCACAUGCCAGGCCUUUAACUAAGACUCGUCAUCCUAAGCGUCCUUCGUGGUUCUCUUACAUCUCUGGUCAGUGUUGGUCAUAGUCAUCCUGUGUUCUAGUGGGAAAAGUCUUGUAAGUGGUGAAGAAAGUAUACAUUGAAAUAAUUAUGAUACAUUAUUAAUGACUUUACAAUUAUUAGUUAUUGAUAAGACUGUAAUUUAUGUGAAAUAUAUAUCGUAUUUUAGAUUUGUAGUUAUUGUUGAUUGUUUGUAACUACUGUAUUAAGUAACAAAGUGAUUAUGUUCCAUGUAGACUGAUGGAUGUGGUAAAAUGGUGUUAUACUCCAGUUAGGAAAUAUUAUAUGAAAUAUAUGCUUUAAUAAUUUUUCUUAUUGAUCAGAAAUAUUGUUUGUACUUGUUACAUUUGAGAAUUAAUAAUUUGUUAUUAAAAAAAAAAAAACAUAUAUAUAUAUAUAU